UUCACUACUCCCCCAUGUCACCCCAAAUCCCAAUCUGGUGCGGUAUACUCGUCGGCGUUCUCUCCUCCCUCAUCCAAUCCCUCGGAUUAACAAUCCAACGCAAGUCUCACCUACAAAACGAUGCUCUCCCCCUCCACGCCCAGAAGCCAGACUGGAAACGCCCUCUUUGGCUAUUCGGCUUCUCCAUCUUCAUCAGUACCAACUUCCUUGGAAGCGUUUUCCAGAUCGCUUCCCUUCCUGUGGUUAUCCUCGCUCCUCUAGGCGCUAUUUCAUUAUUAUGGAACGCACUCUUCGCCCGUUUACUCCUAGAAGAUCCAUUCACAAUUCUCAUGUCACUCGGUACACUCCUCGUAUCAGCAGGCGCAGUCCUCGUAGGCAUAUUUGGCGUUCUCCCUUCCCCAACUCAUACGCUAGAUGAACUCAUAGCACUCUUCGCUCGACCGCCUUUCCUAGCUUACUUCUCAGUACUCCUCACAGCCACUGGAUCACUCCUCGCUCUCACACAUGUCAUCGAAUGGAGGUACAAAGCCACCCGUCACACAGAGAUAGAAGCAUACAUCACCGCCUCAUCACCCCAAGUCACAGAACGCACUUCCCUCCUCCACCUUCCCCCACUCUCCAUCCCAUCCCACCCCCACCCAACAGCAGCAUCAGAAACCCAACGCCUGUUCAUCGCCCUCUCCUUCGCCCUCCUCUCCGGCACACUCAGCGCAAUCGGACUGCUCUUCGCAAAAGCUGGUGUGGAACUCGUCGUACUCACUCUUGGGGGGGAGAAUCAGUUCUGGCGCUGGCAGGCUUGGGUACUCGUCCCUGGACUAGCGACGUUUGGCUUGAGUCAGCUAUGGUACCUUCAAAAGAGCCUAGAGUUUGCCAACCCGACACUCAUAUGCCCUCUCGCUUUCUGCAUGUUCAACAUCUCCUCAAUCCUAGACUCCCUAAUCUACUUCGACGAAUUCCGCCGUCUCUCCCCUCUUCAACUGAGCAUGAUCCUCCUCGGCACCUCGCUGCUCCUAGCAGGCGUAUGGAUCCUCUCUCUCCAAUCGGCGCAAGGUGUUUUCCUCGGCCCUCCCACAGGGGGGGAAGAGACAACGAGCCUCUUCCCAGCGCUGGAGGAAGAAGAAGUAGAGGAAGUAGAGGAACCGCUUUCCCCUAGUCGGCUGUUCUUGCAGCUGUUGACACCCUCGAGGGAGGGAAGUACGUACACGACCCCACUUCCCGGGUUCGCGAUCGGUCUGGCGCCUACUAGUCCGGGGUUCGUACUUUCCCCACCGAGGAGGAAGAGGACGGCCACGCUCGUGAGUGGGGAAGACCUGGAGCGUCAGGGGAGGGAGGGGUUGCCGGAUGGGAGAGCGGGAACGGGAGGAGGGGGAGGGGACUGGGGCAGCGUCUCCCUGGGGGUGACCGUCCCCCUCCCCCUCCCCCUCCCGCUCACUCCCCUCCACCGCAGUCCUCUCCUCCUCCUCCCCCUCCCCCUCCCCCUCCCCCUCCCCCCAGCCCCGCCCCCGCCCCUCCAAGCCGGAGCGCUCCCUCCCCCUCCUCCACCCCAACCCCCCCUUCAAUAA